AUGUUAAGUAAAUUUGAUUACCAGUUUCAAAGCCAGGAGCUGGGUGUUCAAAGAUCACGACCAAGACUCAUGGUUGAUACAUCUAUGGUGGAAUCUUCAUUGGCUGCGCCAGUUGUUAUAACUCGAGGAGCAUAUGCAAAUGAUUUUAAUGGUUUAGGAACAGACGUAGACCCCGAGUCGCAGGAAAACAGUUAUUAUGAAAUGGUAGAAACUCCGAGAACACCAACCUCACUGCCGGCUAGCGAAUACACAUCUUCAAUAUACAAGCUCUCGGCUGGAAGCACGAUAUCACUUGCUAGUUCAGUGUCAGAAGUAUCUUACACAGGUAAUAUGGUGGAUAUGCAGCCUGAAUUUACUCCUCAGUUUCUGACGUUGAUGCUUGAUACAUAUUAUUUGGCCGGUUCCGAUGCUACUCUUACACCAUUUGACUUCCACAACCCUCCGUCAGGAAUUUUAAAUAAAGUUGCAAAGAUCGCUAUAGAAAGAUCUGAAAUCGAAGGCAUGGAUUUAGGGUGUGAACGCAACAAUUGGCUUCUAACUAGUAUUAGGCGACGCAUCAGACAGGAAUUAAGGAAAGAAUUCAAAGAGCGGGAAAUUACAUCUUCACCUCUAGUUCCCAAGUUUGAGUUGGAUAUAAAAAACGAUGCUCCAUUACAAUACAACCAAAGCGGACACUUUACUUGGGAUAUUGAUUAUCAGGUAAGGCAUGCGCCGCACUUUGACAUCGAUGAUACACUAUCUGGUUCACCACCAUCAUUAAGGUGCGAUUCUCCAUAUUUUGGAAUACAGAACGAUUCAAGUGCUAACUUUCUUAACGAGGCCUCCUUGACUCGCAAUGAUUCGACGCAAAUUACGUCACCAGAAGGGCUUAUAGUCUAA